AUGGACAACCAUUAUGAAGCUUUAUUUGCAGUGCCGAGCACAAAUACAAAUCCUUACAGCAAGCUGCAAAAGCGUGCUUCUUUGUUAGGUGAGAAGUUUUCCAAAGUAUUAGUUGCAAACCGAUCAGAGAUUGCAAUUCGAGUUUUCCGCACCGCUCAUGAGUUGUCAAUGCACACAGUAGCCGUCUACUCCCAUGAGGAUCGGCUAUCGAUGCAUCGUCAAAAGGCUGACGAGUCUUACCCAAUUGGUAGGAUCGGUCAAUAUACUCCCGUAGGUUCUUAUUUAGCGAUCGAUGAAAUAGUUGAUAUUGCGAAGCGUACGGGUGCUAACCUCAUUCAUCCUGGUUAUGGUUUCCUUUCCGAAAACGCUGAGUUUGCUCAAAAAGUCAGUGAUGCCGGUAUCGCUUUUGUCGGUCCCCCUGCUAAUAUUAUCGAUAGCUUGGGUGAUAAAACCAAGGCUCGUACCAUCGCCAUACGUUGCGGCGUCCCCGUUGUUCCUGGUACUCCUGGUCCUGUGGAAAAUUAUGAGGAUGCUGAAGCUUUUGUUAAAGAACAUGGAUUACCAGUCAUUAUUAAGGCUGCCAUGGGUGGUGGUGGCCGUGGUAUGCGUGUUGUCCGUACCCAGGAUGCCUUAAAGGAGUCUUUUGAACGUGCUCGUUCCGAGGCUUUGUCUUCCUUUGGCGACGGUACCGUUUUUAUCGAGCGCUUCUUGGACCGCCCAAAACAUAUUGAAGUUCAACUUUUGGCUGAUAAGUACGGCAAUGUUGUCCAUCUUCACGAACGUGAUUGCUCUGUUCAACGUCGUCAUCAAAAGGUAGUUGAAAUUGCUCCUGCCAAGGACCUUGAUCCCAAGGUUCGUCAGUCUCUUUAUGAUGAUGCUAUUAAAAUUGCUAAGGAAGUUAAAUACUGUAAUGCAGGCACUGCUGAGUUUUUGAUUGAUAAGGAAGGUCGUCACUACUUUAUUGAAAUCAACCCCCGUAUUCAAGUCGAGCACACCAUCACUGAAGAAAUCACCGGUCUCGACAUUGUUUCUGCUCAGCUUCAUAUCGCCGCUGGCUUCAGUCUUCCCGAAAUUGGUCUUACCCAAGACAAGAUCAGCGUUCGUGGUUUUGCCAUUCAAUGCCGUGUAACUACGGAAGAUCCUGAUAAGGGUUUUGUUCCUGAUAUUGGUAAAAUUGAGGUAUACCGUACCGCUGGCGGUAAUGGUGUUCGUCUUGACGGUGCUAAUGGUUUCGCUGGCUCCGUUAUUACUCCGCAUUAUGAUUCCAUGCUGGUCAAGUGUACUUGCCGUGAUUCAUCAUAUGAAUUUACCAGACGUAAAAUGAUUCGCUCUUUAAUUGAAUUCCGUGUUCGUGGUGUUAAAACAAAUAUUAACUUUGUAUUAAGUCUUCUUUCCCACGAAACUUUUAUCCGCGGUAGCUGCUGGACUACGUUUAUCGACGAUACUCCUGAGCUCUUCAAGCUACAUCGUUCUCGUAAUCGUGCCCAAAAACUUCUCGCUUAUUUGGGUGAUUUGGCCGUUAACGGCAGCUCUAUUAAGGGUCAAAAUGGUGACCCCGCCCUAAAGACUGAUGUCGUUAUGCCCAACUUGCUUGGCCCUAAGGGGGAGCCUAUUGACGUUUACCAACCAUCUGAGAAGGGUUGGCGUAACUUAUUAUUAGAAAAAGGUCCUGAAGCUUUUGCAAAGGCGGUUCGCCAUCACAAGCCUGGCUUGAUCAUGGAUACUACAUGGCGUGAUGCCCAUCAAUCUCUUUUGGCUACACGUGUCCGUACCAUUGAUCUCGUUAAUAUCGCUCCUUUGACUAGUCAUGCCCUUGCUCAUGCUUAUUCUUUAGAGAUGUGGGGUGGUGCUACUUUUGAUGUUUCUAUGCGCUUCCUUCACGAAUGUCCUUGGGAUAGACUCCGUAGACUCCGUGCGUUGGUUCCAAACAUUCCUUUUCAGAUGCUGCUUCGUGGUGCAAAUGGUUUGUGUUAUUCAAGCUUGCCUGAUAAUGUAAUUUAUUUCUUCUGUGAGCAAGCCAAGAAGAAUGGUAUAGAUAUCUUCCGUGUUUUCGACUCUUUGAACGAUAUAAACAAUCUUGCUCUCGGUAUCGAUGCAGCUAAGAAAGCUGGUGGUGUUGUUGAAGCUACUAUGUGUUAUUCUGGUGAUAUGCUGAAGAAGAAGAAAUACAAUUUGGAUUAUUACAUGGGAUUCGUUACCCAGAUGGUUGAUUUGGGUAUCCACGUCCUUGGUAUUAAGGACAUGGCUGGUGUUUUGAAGCCUAAAGCAGCUCAAAUAUUGAUUGGUGCUAUUCGUGCGAAGUAUCCUGAGUUACCAGUUCACGUUCACAGUCACGAUUCUGCCGGUACCGCCGUUGCUUCAAUGACUGCGGCUUUGCAAGCGGGUGCUGAUGUCGUCGACGUUGCUACUGAUAGUAUGUCUGGUCUUACCUCCCAACCUAGUAUGGGCGCCGUCCUGGCAUCGCUGGAUGGCACUGACAGACAGCUCGAAUUUGACAACCAUCAGUUGCGUGAAAUCGACAAUUAUUGGGGCCAGAUGCGCUUAUUGUACUCUCCCUUCGAAGCCGAAAUCAAGGGCACUGACUCUGAUGUUUACAACCAUGAAAUCCCUGGUGGUCAGCUUACUAAUCUCAAAUUUCAAGCAACUUCCCUUGGAUUGGGUACCCAAUGGUUUGAAACGAAGAAGGCUUAUGUUGCAGCCAACAAUCUUUUGGGUGACGUUAUUAAAGUCACUCCUACUUCUAAAGUCGUUGGUGACUUGGCUCAGUUUAUGGUUCAAAACAAGCUAUCUGCAAAAGACGUUGAAGAGCGAGCUGCUUCUCUCGAGUUCCCUGCAUCUCUCCUUGAUUUUUUCCAAGGUUUAAUGGGUCAACCAUAUGGUGGAUUUCCAGAGCCUCUACGUUCACAUGUCUUAAAGGGACGUCGUCAACCUAUGUCUGAUCGCCCAGGCAAAUUCUUGCCCCCUGCUGACUUUGAUGCUAUCCGUAAGUUGCUGUCUGAGAAAUAUGGCGAAGUUACGGAUGCCGAUGUCGCUUCUUAUACUCAAUUCCCCGGUGUGUUUGAGGAUCAUCGCCAAUUUGUUGAUCGUUACGGUGAUUUAACGAAUAUUCCCACCCGUUUCUUUUUGUCGAAACCACAAAUGAACGAAGAAAUGCACGUAGAAAUUGAAAAGGGUAAGACACUGAUCAUCAAGUUUGUUGCUCUUGGACCUCUCAAUAGUCGUACUGGACAACGUGAAGUCUACUUUGAAUUGAAUGGUGAAAACCGUCAUGUUACCAUUGAGGACAACAAGGCAGCUACUGAAACUGUGACCCGUGCUCGUGCUGAUCCUAGCAACCCUGGACACGUAGCUGCUCCUAUGAGUGGUACUAUUGUUGAGAUUCGUGUUAAGGAAGGAUCUGAAGUGAAGAAGGGUGACAUUGUGGCUGUUUUGAGUGCAAUGAAGAUGGAAAUUGUUAUCAGUGCUCCCCACAGUGGUGCUGUAAAACAAUUGUUAAUGCAACAAGGUGAUUCCGUGAAUGGUGGUGACUUGUGUGCUGUUUUAGAAAAGUCAUAA